UUGAAGCAACCCAAUUAUCUUUUAACCUCUGUGCUCUAAUGGGUUUUGUUGUAUUUCUCUUGGGUUUCUGUCGCCGAUUGGAAUCAUUCCGAUUUAUGGUUAAUAAUUGGAGUUGAAUUUUAGGCGUUUUUUCCUGAUAUGAUGAGCAGAGAUGGUUUUGGUUGUUCGGAGUACCAGAGAAGUGGAUUUGGAUGUUUUUCCAGAACUAUUUUUGCUUUGUGGGCUGUUCAUAUUUUUUUGGUUUUUCAGCCUGUGGAUGGUCUGAGACCAUUGCGGGAGAGGGCUCGAUCAUGGGGCGAUGAGUGGUUGUUUGUAAGAAAAGAUAAGAGUGAUUUGGGUCCAUUUUCUGAAUGGAAUAUUACAGGAACAUAUAGAGGCAGUUGGAGUUUUCUAGAUUCCAAAAAUAACUCUUCCAGGUUUCCAGAUUUCAGAAACUCCAAUGGCAAUUCAAUCAUUGAAUUAAUUAGUACACCAACCAAAAUAUCUGGUGUUCAUUAUGUUCAGGGGGUUGUUAUUUUUCAUGAUGUAAUUGGUAAUGAACAUGAUGUUAGUGGAGUUCAAAUUAAGGUCGAGGGUGUAUAUAUUUGGCCUUUUAGACAGCUUCGGAUGGUUGCUAACAGUGGAAAAGGAGGAGAAUAUGAGCAAGAAGUUGACAGUAUCUUAUCGAAUCCUUAUCAUUUACUUGGAGUUUUCUCCUCCCAGGUGCUCCAAGAAUCACCACAGGAUAAGAUGUGGAAAAGAAGCCACUCACCAAUUUAUGAAAUGGAGAAGCAUUGCAAUAUCGAAAUAGCAGCUCAAAUUUCACAUUUAUCUUCUGCACAAAAUGGAAACGGAGAACGUGACCAUUACCAUAUCGAAGGAUUAAUGGAGAGUCCUGCAGUAGAUGAUGAUGGAGAUUGCUUUUCUCCCUUGGCGUUAAAUGCCACUUCUGUCAACAUCGAAAUCUACUACAACAAAGCAGUGAAUUACACCUUAAUGGUCACUUUUGUCUCUUUCCUUCAAGUACUUCUCUUAAUCCGGCAAAUGGAACAUAGUAACACUCAAUCUGGUGCUGCCAAAGUUUCGAUACUAAUGAUCGGGCAACAAGCUAUUAUGGAUGCUUAUCUAUGUCUGCUGCAUCUGACAGCAGGAAUAUUAGUCGAAUCGUUAUUUAAUGCUUUUGCAACUGCUGCGUUUUUCAAGUUCGUCGUGUUCUCGAUUUUUGAGAUGAGAUACCUUCUUGCAAUAUGGAAAGCCAGCAGGCCUAUGAACAAUGGAGAAGGUUGGGAAACGAUGAGACGUGAACUUUCGGUUCUAUAUAGCCGUUUCUAUGGAAUCCUUUUGGGAGGCAUGUUUCUUAUGUACGAGUUGCAUCGUUUUAUGAGACCGAUUAUUUUCCUCAUGUACUCGUUUUGGAUACCUCAAAUAGUCACCAACGUUAUUCGCGACUCGAGAAAACCUUUGCAUAUAUACUACAUCUUAGGAAUAACUAUAACUCGGCUCGCCAUUCCGUUGUAUGUCUUCGGCUGCCCCCACAAUUUCAUGCGUAUUCAGCCUGAUAAAACUUGGUGCAUCUGUUUGGGCGUCUUUACUUUUCUCCAAGUCGCCAUUCUUCUUCUUCAGCACUAUUUUGGAUCCCGGUGGUUCAUCCCUCGUCAGAUUCUACCCGAGAAAUACAGCUACUACCGGAGGGUAGAUCAAAAUGGGAAUCAUACCACAGAUUGUGUCAUUUGCAUGACUGCCAUAGAUGUUUCACGUCCUAACGACUGCAUGAUUACUCCAUGUGAUCAUUUCUUCCAUUCUGGUUGCUUACAAAGAUGGAUGGAUAUAAAGAUGGAAUGCCCGACAUGUCGCCGUUUGCUGCCGCCUGUCUGAUCGUACCUAGUCGUCGUCGUAUCAACGUUCCUUUACGAUCAUCCGGCAUUUCCUCGCCCCAAAAAUUUUGGUAUGCAUAAUCUUGUUCUCACUCAGGCUGAGGAACACAUGGGCAGAGAGUUGAAGCAGCAAUGUAGAGAGAGUUGCAAAAGGAUGAGCUUCAAUGAACACAUCCAGUAGCUGAUCUGCAUUGUUUGUAUAAUGUAUAUCUUUUCUGUACAUCGACACAAAAUCUGUAGUUUGGUAGAGUAGAACUGACAGAAUUUCUUCUUCCUCGGAGGAUUCGAAUUGAUGCAACUUGAUACAACUCGACAAGUUUAGAGUUGGUGUUCUUGUUUUGACAAUGUAGAAGUUGGAGAAAGAUUCGUGUCAAUAAGAUUGUUACAGCGA